AUGUGUAUCAAGUUUGAGAGUCGCAAGAUUUGUGUAGCUGGUAAUGAGUGUGACAAUAGUGAUUUUGAUUUUUGCAAUGCGGAACAAAAGAUGUUGCCUGGGAUAAAAAUCUCUUCCUGUGAAGAAAGAGACGAUUGUCAACAAUUGAAACCAAAAGGGACUCAGGCUUCUUUGGGAACUACUGUGAUAGCGGUAACAAUUCUUCUUAUUCCUUCAAUUUUGUUUAGCAAAGUGACUGUUGAUGUACUUGCUUUUGUAUUGCGCGUUGUUUUUUUUUUUUUUUCAUGUAUAUUGUGACGCGGUACAUGUACGAAGCUCGGCGUCGGGAUUUUGCAUUAUCAGCAAGUUUUGAUGAGUGUUUUGAUGUUUUUGUGUUUUUAAUUGGGCAAGUCCAAAAUUAGUUCGAAAACAAGGGAAGGUUUAUCUGUCGUCUAAGCACAAAAGAAGAGGCUAUUUAGGUGGGGUGAGGUAUCAAAAUAGGGUUUUAAGUAAGUAUUUGUGCCUCUGUACAUGUAACUAUCCAUUUUAUAGUGCUUAAAAGGGUUUGAUUCACCGGGUUUAAUAAUUUUGGCCAAUUUAAGCUUUCUACUGAUAUUUGGGGAAGAUGCGGGACAACAAUGUGUUACAAUGAGUUUGUGCGCUUUAAUUUACAGUAAGAUAAGAAGAAUUACUUCAGUCGAUGAUAUGAUUCAAACAGUGACUGUUGGUAGCCAAAUACUUUUAGUAUAUUCCAGUCUGUCAUUGCUUGCAAGACAAUCUAUGUUAAUGUUAACAGAAAUGGUUUCAGACUAGUGUUUGAGCUAAUUUUCCAGCUUGAAUACAGUGAAAGUUAUACUUGUAACAUGUAUGAUUAUGCCAGAAUUGAGGGGUAUCACUACCGUAUUCCACUUAAAACACUCUUGGUUCUGAACUACAACUCAUUCAUUUUAACUGUGGGGAUUAUUGGUGUUGAUUCUCUUGCUAGAGAUAUAUAUGGUAACAGUCAUAGUCAAGGUACAUGUGUAUUCUUGGAAAUACCAUCCAUGCAUAAAUUAGUGCAGUAUUUUCAGAGUCUAUAUAUAUGUAGGAAUGAGGAUACACAUGAGCUUAAAGGCGUACAUAUUUCCAACUUUGAAGUUGAUCUUUGUUCAAGCAGUGUUGAAUACUGUAGUAUAUCGAAUGUUAAUAGUUUAUACAAUGUUCUUGUAAACAGUGCUGUGCUAUAGCAGUUUAUGCAAUGUGUUAUUCUGUUAUUAAUCUAUGUGGAUACUGGACUUCAGGAACUUUAUCUGCCCGUGCUAGUAAUGGGAAUACACUGUACAAUGUGAUGGGUGUGAAAAGACAUAUUAUUGCAGUUGAUCUUCCUGAAAGUGAGAGUAUCGGUGGAGCUGAGAUAAACCUUACUGUUUGCCCUGUUGGCGAUAGUGUCCUAUGUUGCAAUUUAGCUGAGAGCAAAUCUGUGUUGAAGUACACAGUACAGUCCUCUAUUUUUCCGUAAGACGGUCGAGAUCAAGGGCUUUGCGUUACGGGCUGCCAUCUUGCAUGAGUGUCAAAACUACUUACUAGGAGGCAGCGGGGGCGGUUAGGGAGGAAGCGAGAAAACGCUUCUCGCCCCCCCCCCCCAACAGAUAUAAUCUCCGACACCCCCCAGUAAAUUUGAAAAUCAAGAUGGCCGCCAUUAACGGUAAGACGCGCUAUAUCUCAACGGUCUCGCGAAAAAAUAGGGGACUGUAAACAGUCUAGAUUUUUGUCGUGGAUUGGAACACACUGUAUAAACUGUGUAGUUCAGCAAAGAAGUAGAGUAAAGGACUUUGUUUUCUUGUGGGAUAUGAUGAAAUUUAGUUAUGUGAAAUAACAUUUGUUAAAAGUAUCAAAGGCAUACAGUCAUUAGUUGAGGAAAUUUGUAAAAUUACACAACUUAAGUUAAAUUGUCAGACUACAAUAUGAAAUACACUUUAUAUUAUGUUCAUGCAAAAUUGAAAGCAGUGAAAGGGAAAAGAUUGUGAGGAAACACAGGUAUAGUUCAUUUGAGUAUUGUGAGAUGAAACCUUUUAAAAAGAAACAUCUAGUUACAAGGAGAAAAGAAAACAGGCAGAUCAGGGUAUAGAUUUUUACUUUGAACAGUAUAAAAAUUAAAUAAGAAAAGGUCCCUGUUAUACACGUCGUGUUUGUAAUCGAUUACUUUAUGAGAGAUCAGUUCACAUUUUUGGCAAAAGUAAAUAUUCCUGUCAAAUUCUUUUCAGUGUGCAGUCUUCAUUUGAUGGAAAACAGUAUGUUUGUAAAACAUGCCACUUGAUACAGAUAUUUUCUAUCAGCACCUCAGUGCCACUAUUAACAGAGUUUGACUCUGUUACCAACAUCCAAUAAAAACAACCCCAUGUAGAAACCCAGCAACUACCUCACAAACUACACCCAUCAUCUUAGCAAUCAACUUCCAAUAUAACCUCACGCCUACUACUUCACACGUCUCAACUAACCCCUCAAGUAUACAAUACCACUGCUCUACCCACAUAUCCCUCAUGCACAUAACAAACUUCACAUAUGCGUAGUACAACCACGCCCAAAUAUAAGCUACCACAGCGUCUUGUUUAUUAUUAUUUCUGUGUUAGAUCUGAGUUCUUUAAGUGCUAUACGUUCUCUAAAAGGCAGGUUAUUUCGUGGCAGUGACCUUUGCGAACAUUACUAUGUCCAGAAUUGAAACAUAAAUUAUCAGUAAAAGCAAGACUAAACCCCUCGAGUGGAAAAGAUGCAUUGACGAUGUUCUCCCUGUGGGAAAAAGGAAGAGAGACGACAAAUCAGUUUGUUUUAGAAGCAAACACACAUCAUCCUACGAUCAAAUGCGUUUGCUUCAUGUCUGGCGCGUCGCAUUUAAGACGCUCAAGUUUCGUCAUUGUCAUGUUAACUAGAACAUUUUUAUUUGGCCGAGAAGGAGGGUACGCUUUUUGGGUAUGAAGUAGCGUACGAAACAUAAGAAGCCUCUGCCCACAGGGUGUGUUUGGAUAACAGUCUUCGCGAAAAAAAGUGGAAUUUAAUUGGUCUGUUCUGUUCCCAGGACCGGUGGAAUUUAUCGACCUUCCCUACCAUUAGUUAUUGAGUUAAGUUGCGGAAAGUACAAGCCAAAGCAAAAGCAAUUAACGGCUUUCUUUUUUCUUCUUCUCAAAUUAGUUUUCGUUCAAUAAGGACGCAUGUAUAACGAUCAAGUUAUCUCUAUCAUGCAACCUUUAAUUUUAUUUAGCGGGUUUUUGAAAAAAUGGUUUUUCAUGAUAAUGAUUUUUCAAACAAAAGGUUUGGUUUUAUACACUGUACAUCCUAGCCAACAACCUACGCAAUCCGCCCUGCAAGCAGUAACCAUGUACAGGCGCUUGAAUUGAUCAAAAGUGAUGAACAAGGAAUCGGCAUGCCGGUAUUGGAACUGAGCCGGAAAUAAGCGACAGCAAUCUUUAGACUCUUUCUCGUAAAGUGGAGAACACACUGCAAUCAGCUUUGUGACGAUAGUACCAAUUGGUCUUUUUUGCUAGACGAAAUCUGUUCUCAUGAUAACUAGCUCCAUCUGAACGGGCUUAGAGAAGCCUUAGUAUCCCACUUCCCACCAUCACUUCCCUACCCACUUAAAUCCAGCUGCCCUCCCCGCCACCCCCUUGAAAAACUGCUGAAAGGUGAUUUUUUACUGUUAUCUAUCAUAAAUGCAGACCAAUGUCAACCGUCAAAAAGGUUCAAGGUAUUUGAAAUCUCUCUACAGUUUGGCUAAUCUUCACAGACUUCUGGCUCCUGAGGAAUCUCAAAGUGAAAAACCAGACGUUACAAGACCUUACAACAGGCUUACAUCUGAAAAUAUUUCGAAAUUCUAUAAGAAACCAUAAGUGUAAAGCCAAGACAAACUCCAAAACACAGGUUGAGGGCUCCUGACGAGAGGGUGUCAAUGGGGCGGUAGCUUUGACGGUUGACCAUGUAACUGGAAAUUUGGUCCAAGAGUUUAAGUAAAUAUUAUUUUCUGCAUACUUAUUUGCUCUGGAGCGAUGAAUUUUUUUAAAGCACGUUUCAUAGCACAAAUUUGUCAAAACUUUAACUGCGAGCCAUUGCUAGGUUCUAUGGUAUUUUUUCUCGUUCCUUUUUUUCUAGUUCUGUUUGGUCACAUGAACCGUGAUGUCAGCUUUGUAAGUUAAGAUAACCAUGUUUAGGCUGUUGUGGACAUGUCUCAUAUUAUCCGCUCAGUCGUGAAGUGAUUUUUUUCGCCCCCUUUUUUGUGUUUCUCCCUUUUUGCUUUUAAACUUGGCGCGACGGCAAUGUUAUGCUUACGCAAUUGGUUUAUAUACUUGACCGGAAAUAAAAAGCUGACCGGAAGUUAAAUUCUGUGCUCAUGCGCAGUGCGUUUUGCCGCGGUGUUGACUACGAGUAGUCCCCCAUUUUUCCUCAGGGAUAGUAGAGCGAGCGAAACGUACUUGCAGGGAAUUAAGCCAAUACCAAAUUUUCCUAAUUGUAGUAUUUUAAAAACUCACAAAUACUUUUUGGCAACACUAAGAUCGACAAGUUUCCAGUCAAAAAUAAAGUGCACAUUAUCGGGCAUUUUAUGUGAUCUUUUUCACACCUCGUGGCACAUAAGGCCCCCACAGAGAGUUUCCACAUUUUUGCUAAUGGUCCUCACUUCGUCACUUCGUCCCAUGAUUUCCAUCCUGUUUCCUUUUCCAUUUUCCAAUCUUCAUGAUGUUUUUAAGAAGCGAAAUAGGCAUACUCAACUCGAUGGUAUCCUGAUGGCUUCGGCCCCAGCGCGUCAUGGGGUAACUUCUACUGUGAGGACCUGCCACAAUGUUCCCUUGAUAUAGUGAAUUUCCUCUGAUUCUGGUUUCUGAACUGGAGCCGAUCGGCUUCUGUUUCUGUAACAAUAGGGUUUUAUGGAAGAAAAUUAUCAACUCUCAACCCAACCUCCAACCUGGAGGACCAGAGGACCACACUUGGUUUAGUCUCUCACCCUUCGAGCCUUUAGGCAUGAGUAACUCUACCAGGAGUGUUAUACUCCACAGUGACUCCGGUCGGCUUAGAUCUAUGGAUAAUCAAGACGCAAAAGGUCACCGCCACCGCGGUAAGGAUGACGGUGCACUAAAAAGGAGAAAAACUGAAUUCUUUCCGACAGAGACUUUAGUUGAGCUAUUUCGAGAAAAUUUCUACGGUGACAAGGGCUAUUAUGGGUGAGGAACUUGAAAACUUGUUUACAGAGAGCGCACAAGCAUUAGUAAAAAUUAAUACAAUAUAGCACCAUUUGACAUAUUUUUGUGGUACUUAAGAAGAAAAGCUCUGGCUGUUAUUUUUUUAGAGGAAAGGCGACGUGUAUCCCUGAGGAAAAAUGGGGGCUAAGGUCGUCUAAGGCUUCCCAGGCCCACGACAGACCGUCAAAAAACAGGGCCCGUGGAGGGGGUGGGGCCAGGGGGGUCAUGCCCCCCCCAUUUUUGGGCGAAAUAAAUAAAAAAAAUCGUUAAUAUGUUCUUCACUGAAUAGGUUUUUUGAUGCGGCAAUACGUAACAAUAGAGUCGAGCUAAUUAACAAUUAUUCUUUGAGCCCGAAUGGGCUCGGAGUCAGUAGCCCAUGAGGCCGAAGGCCAUGAGGGUGAGAGGAAUAAUUGUUUUAGUAAAAUCCAACUAGUUGGUCAAAAAUAUCGAAACAAGACAUUCAUGACAAUAAUGAAAACUUUAAUCGCCUCAUCUCAAAGAAAUCGCCGACAGUUUACAGUACAAAAAGAGCUGAACAAAUAGCACGUAAAGUGUACUUCUUGUACUUCUACCGCCUCAUUUCUGACAAUAAUUUUCAUCUUUCACCAAAUCUUUGAUAUUAGUAAAAUCCAACUAGUGGUCUGUUAUCAAUGCUGCAGUCUGAUUGGUUGAGCCACUACUAGGCUAUCUAUUAUAGUCUACUAGUAGCGAAAGGCUCCGGCUUUGAAAACCAAAACAGUAGCGGCUGAAUCGCUUUUUGCUAGCCACCCAUCCAUGGAUGGGAAAAAAUUAAUGCCCGGGGCUGGGCGCAGCUGGAAUUGACUGGUACAUUAAUUACAAUCAAAAGGCGAGACGUCUGCUCUUCAGACGGGCAAAUACACCAAAAUAAUGCGAAAGAUUUAAUAUGUAGAUUUAGCCAGGGCUAAAAGCGAAGGUCCAAUUUUAAUAAAUUUAUAAUUUAAAUCAAGCAAUAAACUUUUAAUCCACAAAUCAUUUAACUUAAGGGCACAUUCAUGUGACUUUUGAGGGAAAGGCUAAGUUAUUUUAGAGUGAAACAUCUUACAUCGAAUUGAUAACCUUAUAUGUACACCCAUGAAAUAGCAAACAUCUUCGAUCACAUUCAAGAUCACAGUAGAUUAGGCCUCGAAAACAAAUUCUUGGAAAACAAAUCACGCCAAGUUUUUUGCGUUCGACAGGUUUACUUUACAAAUUCUUGCCAACAAAUCUGGGGGUGUUUAAACCAACCUUUUAUAAUUUUUAUACACCACAUUUGAGGUGAAACAGUACUAUUUAUCAUACAGAGCUCGGACAGAAUGCGGUAUUUCACAAUUUUUCAAGACAAAUUGCACUCAGUCAAUAUUCAGGACGAGCCAAACCGUUCAAAAAUUUCAGAAAAUUUCCAAAAUCACCCAUACGGCCAGCUGGUUCUCGUUUCUAUAGUGCGAGCUGUCAGUGUGGUCGAGUGUUUGAAUGAACUUUAACAGAGUUACGCUUCAACACAAUAGCGAAUUUAUUAUUAUUUGUUUUGUUAUUUAAUGGUUUCAGUUAUAACGAUGUGUAAUCUUAUAAAGCGUUUGAUACGCGCGACAUUUUUGAGUACUCCUGCAAGCGAUGGUCAUGAACGAUGAAAACAAACGGCACGGACAAGCGAUUAAAAUUGCAAGAGAGACUACUAACAAUAAAAAAAGAGGUAUAAUUCCGUGAAACAUUUACAUAGACAACAAUUUUUAUUCACGAAGACAAGUAUUAAAUUGUCUCUAAAAAUCCUGAGUCUUUAAGCGUAAAGCUUAAGUUUAUGUUUUAGCCGGUUUCCCGGCGCGGUGUUUACUGUUUUCGAAGGUGAACUCCUCGAAGCAAGAAAAUCGCUCAAAGUUUUCUUUCUAAACUAAAUAUUCUUCGGAACGUUUUCUUUCUAUUUGUGGUGAGCAAAUAUAUCUGAAGGCUUUUUAAAGUUCUGUAAGCUUACAUCAAACCUGAUACUAGGUCAGAUCAUUGACUCAAAUCUUACAAACGUGCAUAAACUUGCCGCAUAAACUGUCAGCGUGAACUGUGCAAGACUUCAUGAAAUACAAACAUCAAAUACAAUAAUUCCUUAGGCUUACCAUUCGAGAUUCAGUUCCUGAAAGCUAUCAAGGGAGGCCACAGUUGCUUGAGACUUUUAAACCCUCUUACGCAUUAAACAAGGUGAAAAACGAAAACGAUGCCAUCCGACCGAAUUUUGACAAGCGACGCAUUUCUCAACCAAAACCCAGUAAACAAACCAUCCAUGAAUAACAGAAGACUCUUGAUAGCAGCUGUAUUUCAUUUUGUACAUCCAGAGGAAAAAGACAGUUAAAAACGUCACAAGUUGACAGAAAACUCCGUCAGCUUCAGCUGUCAAAGUAAACUACUUUCAAGAUGCUGCAUAAUUUUUCCGCAUGAACUCACCUGUCAAAUUUUGACCAAUCAGAGUAUAAAAAUUGGACGUAGAGCGUGACCAACGCGUGACCAUGGUAAGAUAAGGUCUUCCCCGCCUGUACUUUUAAAAAAACUGGAUUAAUUUUCGCUUCCGAGGUCAGUUUGAAAUCAAAAUCCUAAUAGUUCGGGGCCAUAGUGACAUAAACACAACAUAUUUGAUAUGAAUCCUUGGAAAAAAUAAACGUGAGCCUGCGAUCAUUUGAAACUGGUAAUUUGUCAGCGGAUAACUUUAAAAAAUACUCGACCUCGAUGGGUCGACACUUGAGCCCGCGGUACGGUCAGGUGAUACUGGUCAGCGGAUGCCCUGUUUUGAUAGCUGUCAACUGAUCACAACAUUGAUGUGCAGCCUGUGCAAUUAGUUUUCUCUUGGGCUCCCAAACUAUAAACUAAAAGUGUGAGAGUAAACAUUGGUUUUCCUGUGGUUCGGACGGACGGGCGGUCGGUGUACGGUCACGUGAUUACCAAAUUUUCUGGGAUGGUAGAUUUACUUAGCAAUGGGGCUCUCGCGCGCGCGUGGAGCUCCGCUAUCAUUAAUAUCCAGAGUUAACGAUAAAAGGAAAUAAGAAAUACAUAUGUUUUUAAGAUUUUUGCUGUACGCACGGGCGAAUGUGCGCUGUCAGCCAUGCAUACUCUAGCAAAAGGUACGAACAAAGAAAAUAGUGUAUUGGUUUAAAAAAGGAGUAACUGAGAAUGCAGAAGCGAAAAUAUUGGGAUGGUAUCAUGUCUGAAGGGUAGACAUCUCGCCUUUUGCUUGUAACCUUCUUGAGGGCGUCACUGUUUUGCCCUUUUUUUACCGUAAACAUCGCACCUUACCGAUUACACUACAGAUGCAAAAUAAAAAAAAAACUUCUCUUACAACUACUGUUAAUGUCACCUACGCGUGCAACGAAGUAAAUGGGGAAUAGUUUACAGUAAAACUACGGGCAAGUCAUUAGCAUGCAGUCUGUUUAUUUAGUAUCCCACAAACUUGAUCAAUAGUUAAGCUUAUAUUGAAAAGUUUGGUCCACAGUAUAAUAUGAAUUGUCGCACUGAAAUGAAUUGCCUGUGGCUUACACAGAUUUAUUUGUAUCGAGUUUUUGUCACAGUUGUCACACUGAGCAAACACAUCUUGGACACAACUGAAUCGUCAAUUUUGUUGAGGGAUUUGUAUCCUAUUUUAAAGAUUCAAUCAUAACAACUUAGGAAAGUGUCGGAGGGAAGCAUGCUACAUGGCGACCCCAGUAUUUCACACUACCAAUAUCAUUAUAUCGUCAGAGACAUUGCCUUGAAAGAAUCUAGAGACUUGCAACUAUUCUGAUCUGUGGUUAAUUCUCUCUGUAAAAUUUUUCGCCUCUGCUCACUUUGUGAUUCACCUGCAAUGGUAUUCUUGAGGUGAAGAUGACAUUUUAUGAUUUAGCACUUAUCUUCUCUCCUAGAUCUUAAUUAUCUUUAUCUUAGAUCUAUGAUGCCCUUUUCCAGAUUAGUUUUUCUCCUGUAUUAUUCCAAGUUGUAGGAUGGCAAAGUUUCUAUGUCCGACUAUGCAACGUUGUGUACCUACAUGUAUUUUGUCACGUACAUGCUGUAACCUCCUUUGUAUCAGUAGUAUAGACUAUUUGGAGCCUCUUUUUAUUGUUAUCAUUAAUUGUUAAUAAUUAUUAUCAUUGCUACUAUUAUUACUGGUAAUACUGAUAAAAAUUUUGUUCCACGUCAUGUUAAUGGCUCUUAUAAUAUUUUAGGGGAUGCACAGAAACUGAAUGUAGUACUUGCUUCUAAUGCUGAUGGCUGGGACAAGAUGACAAAUGGAGAAUUAGAAAAAGAACUGGCUCAUAAUGAGAGAAUCAAACUAAGUGGAUUUGUGCCAAAACACACUGAGAAACACAAAGCACUAGCCACUGAGUUAAACAUUAAACUUUUUGAUGCAAAAUCCGUUUCUGGUUAUUCAGAACCAGAGCUGCUAGCCCAUCCAGCUGAUGAUUUGAAAAUUGAUGUUUUGAUGAUGCAUUGUUAUGGAUUUAAUGUAGGACGACAGGCACAGGUUAUUAAAGAUACAAAAAACUGUAUAUGGGCUAUUGUUGUGCAUACAAUCUGUGAGGAACUGGAGAAAUACUUAAAGAAAACACAGUCAAGUGAACAAUCUGAACAACAACCAUCUGCAGAGCAUGAGCUACAGGUGACAUUGUGUGAAAAAGUUGAUCUUGUCAUUGCUGUGGGCCCUAAAGUUGCAGAAGCCUACAAGGCUGCAUUGAGCUACUGUGGAAAAGAGGGAAAUGUUUUUACCCUAACACCUGGAAUUUCAGAAAAAUACCUAAGUAUCAAUGCGCAGUAUAAGAAUGCUGCAAAUGAAAAAUUCCGUGUACUAGUCAGUGGUUCCACCAAGUAUUUCCAGGUCAAAGGGUGUGACAUUGCAGCCCGUGCUAUCAGCCUACUGCAAGAUGCUUCAUAUCGUCUGAUACUUGUUGCACAGCCUAAAGAUGAUGAUAAUGAACUUAAUGAAGCCAUGGGAAAGGAGGAAAUAAGUUUAAAUCAGCUGACCAUUCGUCAUUGCUCGGCUGGGGACACAGAAACAUGGUUUAAAUAUCUUCAUGAAGUAGAUGUUCUCAUCAAGCCAUCAAGAACAGAAGGCUUUGGAAUGAGUGGUCUCCGUGCCAUUUCAGCCAAUGUUCCUGUUCUGAUCAGUGGAAAUACUGGGCUAGGUAUGACCCUCAAGACAGUAAAAUAUGGACCAGAUUUUGUCGUGGAUUCUGAAGACCCCCAAGCUUGGGCUGACAAGAUAAGGGAGUUCAGGGACAUGGAACCAAAGGCACUUCGCUCAAAAGUUGGAAAACUGAAAAAGGAAUACAUGAUGAAAUACAAGUGGAAGGAACAAUGUGAAAAGCUGGUGGACAGAUUUUUUCAUAUGGUCCAUGGCCAGUAA